AGCUGUACAGUUAGCCAAAUGUUGAAUUGUAAGAUCCAGAAGGGGUAUAAUGUUACCCUUUAAAUCAAACUUUGUGGAUUGGGAGCACCACAUCAUUGACUCCCUCGUACCAGAACUUAAACUAUUAAGCAUCCCCCUCAGGCUCAGAUGAAACAUUGUAAUCCUCACAUGAAUAAAUGAUGCUGACAAAUUUAGACACCUAAUAGGUCAUUUUGUUCAGGGUGAAAGCUGAGUGCUGACUGAUUUACCCUAACUCCACCCCUUCCUCUCCUUUAAUCUAGCGGGCUUUUAUUUUAAUUUAUAUUGUUGUUGAUAAUGUGUUUUCAUUUCACCAGUGACGCAGAAGAAAAUAACAAACUCAGCUUUUGUUCAGCUGUACGCAGAAGCAGCUAGGAGCCUGUCCCAGAUGAGCUGUCCACAGUCCAUGCAGCAGGCUGUGUACGCUCUCUGCCAUAAGUCUACUUCUAAUGGCUCCAGACAAUACGUACCUCUAAAGACCUCCUAUUCCCCACUCAGCAUGAGUGGUUGGAGAUGCGGAAGUGCAAUAAGCCAGUAGUUGCACAGCAUCAGACAGAGAGAGGGAGAGAGAGAGAGAGAGAGAGAGAGUGAGAGAGUGAGAGAGAGAGAGAAGCAGCUGGUGAGUGCUGCCUGAGCAUCAUUUGCCCAGGACAGCACUAACACAUAUCCAUGUAGCUGCAGUGAAGCCUAAGGUUGGUUUGUUAACAGAAUACUAAAAUAAGGCGGCAGCAGCAGCAGCAGCAGCAGCACCACCAACAGCAAGAGAAGCAGCAGAAGAGGCAACAUACUUCAGAAUGAGAAUGGACACUUUUGAAAGGCAGGAGGCUGCUCUUAAUGUGCUUCUGUGUGUAUGUGAGGCACCUGGUAUCAGCCUCUGUGGGAUUUGGGAACAUUCAGCCUAAACUCAGGUUCCCUUAUAUCCUGUUCUGAAUCAUUCAAGCCAAACAUCAGCCAUCCCCUGUGGAGGAUGCCUAAUAGUGAUUGAAAACCCUGGUCCUCUUUUAUGGUUUGAGAGGCAGAGGCGCACAAGUCAUUUCAUUAACACAGCAAAGGAGACUACUGAUUUUAUACUUGCUAUUCUUAAAGCGACAUUUCAUCUUAAAAGGCUGAAGAAGCAGUCCUGAAGAUUGAUGGAGGGCCAUGCUAUUCAAACAGCAGGCGUUGCUGAGACAGAAGCUCUUUUUGCUGGGCAGCCUUGCUGUUGGAAGUCUCUUAUACAUAGUUGCCCGAGUUGGGAGCUUGGAUAGACUCCAGCCCGCAUGUCCCUUAGAAGGUCAGUUUGGGGACCAAGACCAAAUCAUGCUUCGUGCUCUUCAGUACAAGCGAGGCCUGACAUAUGACUUGCACAGUGGUAACACGACAAAGGAGCAAAUCAGACUGCAUAACAUGGUGCAACAGCUUCCACAGGCCAUCAUUAUUGGUGUCCGCAAGGGUGGAACUCGUGCACUACUGGAGAUGCUCAACUUGCACCCGGCAGUGGUCAAAGCAUCACAAGAAAUCCAUUUUUUUGACAAUGAUGGAAACUAUGCUAAAGGUAUUGAAUGGUACAGGAAGAAAAUGCCCUUUUCCUACCCUUACCAGAUUACCAUUGAGAAAAGCCCAGCGUACUUCAUCACUGAGGAAGUCCCCGAAAGGAUCUACAAGAUGAACUCCUCCAUCAAACUGCUGAUCAUCGUGCGAGAACCAACAACUCGGGCCAUUUCAGAUUACACACAGGUGUUGGAGGGGAAGGAAAGAAAGAAUAAGACGUACUACAAAUUUGAAAAGCUUGCGAUCGACCCCAGUACCUGUGAGGUGAACACAAAAUACAAGGCUGUGAGAACUAGUAUAUAUACGAAACACCUGGAGAGGUGGCUCAAGUUCUUCCCCAUUGAACAGUUUCACAUUGUGGAUGGCGAUCGCCUCAUAACUGAGCCAUUACCUGAACUCCAAUUGGUGGAGAAUUUUCUGAAUCUAACGCCCCGGAUAAGCCAGUACAACUUGUACUUUAAUGCUACGAGAGGCUUCUAUUGCCUACGCUUCAACAUUGUAUUUAAUAAGUGUCUGGCAGGCAGCAAGGGACGGAUACACCCAGAAGUGGACUCUUUGGUCGUCAAUAAACUGCACAAGUUUUUUCAUCCAUUCAAUCAGAAGUUUUAUCAGAUUACUGGAAGGGCAUUUAGUUGGCCAUGACUAUGAGUCUUGCAACACUGGGUGUUGAUGUAAGGCAAAUAUGGUAACAGUAGUCCAACUUUCUGAAAAAAUAGGGUGAUGUGCAGCUGACGAUAUAAGAAUUUGUUAUCAAGAAGACACAUGGAGAAAAUGGUGUUUAGGAUUUUAUAUUUUCUUCCAUUUGACCAUUUUGCUAAUAGGUCAAUGUGAGUGUAAAGCGGAGAUCACUGUUUUAUAAUCAUAACAUACUUUUUUUCUUAUAAAUGUGGCAAAGGGGAAAAAUUGAUUAUUAGGUUUAUUUUUUGAAAUCUCUUGCUAAUUUGAACAGGCAGUAAUAAAUAGAUAAUGGCCUACUUUGAACACAGAUACCACUGUCUUUUAAUCUGCACGUGUUUUGUUUGUCACUGUCUGAUUUGAGAGAAGGCAGAACAGUUUUCCAAUGAGGAGCCUGGAUAUUUGUCAAAUAUAAAAUCUGCAUCUAACUUCCUGUGCCUAAUUGUGCAAAGGCAUCUAGAAUCUUUACAUUUGUAUUGUAUCUAUCUGCAAAAACAAAGCAAACUUUGAAUCCCUUAGGUCAUGAUUUCAUCAAUUGCAUCCCCCCUGUUCUAUCCCUGAUAUGGGGAUAGAAAAAAAACU